GAGAGCCGCGCGCGGACGCAGCGGCGCGGCGUCGAGGCGGCAGGGGCUCCGGAGCGCGGCGGCUCGGCCCUGGGCAGCCCCGGGCAGUGCCGGCCGGGCCGAGGAGCUAGCUGUCCCUUCUCCAGCUGUCAGCCCUACGAAUCAAGGUUUCGCUGAACUGUACCAGACCUCUCGUCUGGGUCCCUGGCCCCUGCCCUCUGUGCUGUACUUUGGACUCGGAAGAAGAAAAAAAAACAGUGUGCGUGUGUGACUGUCAGAUCAAUAAAAGAGAAACGGACAUGAGCUGACAAAAGAGGGAAAGGCAUUAAGGAGGAAACAUAGACCAAGGCGACACUCAGGAAAUGCUUGUCUCCUGCUGUUGAUGCAUAAUCUGAGAGUACUAUGGAUCAUGCUGAAGAAAAUGAAAUCCUUGCAGCAAGCCAGAGGUACUAUGUGGAAAGGCCUAUCUUCAGUCACCCGGUCCUCCAGGAAAGACUGCACAAGAAGGACAAAAUUUCAGAUUCCAUCGGGGAUAAGCUGAAACGGGCAUUCACAUGUACUCCUAAGAAGAUACGAAAUAUCAUUUAUAUGUUCCUGCCCAUAACAAAGUGGUUACCCGCAUACAAGUUCAAAGAGUAUGUGUUGGGUGACUUGGUCUCAGGUGUAAGCACAGGGGUGCUUCAGCUUCCUCAAGGGUUAGCCUUUGCAAUGCUGGCUGCCGUACCUCCGGUGUUUGGCCUGUACUCUUCAUUUUACCCUGUUAUCAUGUAUUGUUUUCUUGGAACCUCCAGACACAUAUCCAUAGGUCCAUUUGCUGUGAUUAGCCUGAUGAUUGGCGGUGUGGCUGUUCGAUUAGUACCAGAUGAUAUAGUCAUUCCAGGAGGAGUGAAUGCAACCAACGGGACAGAAGCAAGAGAUGCCUUGAGGGUGAAAGUUGCCAUGUCUGUGACCUUACUUUCAGGAAUCAUCCAGUUUUGCCUAGGUGUCUGUAGGUUUGGAUUUGUGGCCAUAUAUCUCACAGAGCCCCUGGUCCGGGGGUUUACCACUGCGGCAGCUGUGCACGUCUUCACCUCCAUGUUGAAAUACCUGUUUGGAGUGAAAACAAAGCGGUACAGUGGGAUAUUUUCAGUGGUGUAUAGCACAGUUGCUGUGUUGCAGAAUGUUAGAAACCUCAACGUGUGUUCUCUAGGCGUCGGGCUGAUGGUUUUUGGUUUGCUGUUGGGUGGCAAGGAGUUUAAUGAGAGAUUUAAAGAGAAAUUACCUGCACCCAUUCCUUUAGAGUUCUUUGCGGUGGUGAUGGGGACUGGCAUUUCAGCUGGGUUUAACCUGGAAGAAUCCUACAAUGUGGAUGUCGUUGGGACACUUCCUCUGGGGCUACUGCCUCCAGCCAACCCGGACACCAGCCUCUUCCACCUUGUGUACGUGGAUGCCAUCGCCAUAGCCAUUGUUGGAUUUUCAGUGACCAUCUCAAUGGCCAAGACCUUGGCAAAUAAACAUGGCUACCAGGUUGAUGGCAAUCAGGAGCUCAUUGCCCUGGGACUGUGCAAUUCCAUUGGCUCACUCUUCCAGACUUUCUCCAUUUCAUGCUCCUUGUCUCGAAGCCUUGUUCAGGAGGGAACUGGAGGGAAGACACAGCUUGCAGGUUGUUUGGCCUCGCUAAUGAUUCUGCUGGUCAUAUUAGCCACCGGAUUCCUCUUUGAAUCAUUACCCCAGGCUGUGCUGUCAGCCAUUGUGAUUGUCAACCUGAAAGGAAUGUUUAUGCAAUUCUCAGAUCUCCCCUUUUUCUGGAGAACAAGCAAAAUAGAACUGACCAUCUGGCUUACCACUUUUGUUUCCUCCCUGUUCCUGGGAUUGGACUAUGGUUUGAUUACAGCUGUGAUCAUCGCUCUGCUAACUGUGAUUUACAGAACACAGAGUCCCAGCUACAAAGUCCUUGGACAGCUUCCCGACACAGAUGUGUAUAUCGAUAUAGAUGCAUAUGAAGAGGUGAAAGAAAUUCCUGGAAUAAAAAUAUUCCAAAUAAAUGCCCCAAUUUAUUAUGCAAAUAGCGACUUGUAUAGCAGUGCUUUGAAAAGAAAGACUGGAGUGAACCCAGCAUUCAUAAUGGGAGCAAGAAGAAAGGCCAUGAAGAAGUAUGCUAAGGAAGUUGGAAAUGCAAAUGUGGCCAACGCAACCGUUGUCAAAGUGGAUGCAGAAGUAGAUGGAGAAGAUGCCACGAAGCCUGAAGAAGAAGAUGAUGAAGUAAAAUAUCCCCCGAUAGUCAUCAAGAGCACAGUCCCUGAGGAACUGCAAAGAUUUAUGCCCCCGGGGGAUAACAUCCACACCGUCAUUCUGGACUUUACGCAAGUCAACUUUAUUGACUCUGUUGGCGUGAAAACCCUGGCUGGGAUUGUAAAAGAAUAUGGAGAUGUCGGUAUUUAUGUGUAUUUAGCAGGAUGCAGCGCACAAGUUGUAAACGACCUCACUCAAAAUCGAUUUUUUGAAAAUCCUGCCUUGAAGGAGCUGCUGUUCCACAGCAUCCACGAUGCAGUGUUAGGCAGCCAGCUUCGGGAAGCACUUGUUGGGCAAGACGCCUCGGCUCUCCCUCCCCGGGAGGACUCAGAGCCCAAUGCCACUCCAGAAGCAUAGAUGAAGAACUCAGCUGGGAUGGGAGAAAGGAGGUGCCUGCCUCCAAAGGGACAUUUUGAGAAAAUGAGUCUGCCCUCACGUGUGCAUGAAGGAGAGGGUAACAGACGCACAGAACCUGCCCUGGAGUGGGUAGGUGUGUUUUUCUGUUUUGGGGGGUGUGGGUGACAUAUGCCUUCAUGAGAGGCUGAUGGAGAGGGAAGGAGGGUAUAUGGUAGGGAAGGCUUUAUCUAUUAUGUCUGCCCCUUUAAAGGCAAUCAAUUUAAAUUUUAAAAUCAAAUAAAACGUCUUUGGUGUGAGCCUGUGUGUGCUUUGAGUGUAAAAGUGCUGUUGGUCCGUUUUAGUGUAUCAUUCAGAAAUGCUUUUAGGAUUCAGUAUGUUUAGAUUUUUGAUAAUAUGGUUUGAGUGUUGAUAAGAGCUGGUUUGAGAACGGGUAAAAAGUACUGCCUUAAUUCUCCAUAUAGCCAACCAAAAUUCAUAAGACGGGCUUUGAAACCCCUCAAAUACCAACAAUAGAAUGUUCAAAAAGCUUAGCAUUGUAGCAGGUAACCUGCUGGCUUACUGACUUGGAUUUAAUCAAGUUUGAGCAUCUCAAAAAUCUAUCUUGCCUUUGAGAAAAAGGCAU